AGGAGGAGCGCGGGGAGGCGUGGGUGGCGGUCGAGGGUAGCGAGGAGUCAGAGGCUGUGGGUGGUGGUGGUGGGAGCCAGAGCGCUACGCCGACGCCGCCGCCGCCGGAUGGACAGCAGAUGAUGAAGAGGGUUGAGGCGGGGGAGCGGGCGAGCGUGGAGAUGUUGUCGCCUGUUAGUGUGGAGGAGAAGGGGGAGGAGAAGGAGAGGGAGGCGCCGGUGCUGAGGAGGAGUUAUGCAGGGAGUUCGCCGUCGAUGAGCUAUGAGUUCUCUAAUGUCCGGUUGAAGCCGUCGUCGCCGUCGUCGUUUUUGCGGUCGGGAAGCCAGUUUCGCGGCACGCAGCAUUCGGAGAGACAGGUUUAUGAGGUGCAGGUUGAGAUUAAACAUGUCGAUAUGAGAGAGUCGUCGCUGUGCGGAUACCUGCGCAUACAAGGCCUGACAGAAGACCACCCAACCCUGACGACCUACUUCGAGGGCGAGAUCAUCGGGUCGAAGUACUCCUUCCUCACCAAGCACGACGACUGGGGCUCGACGGACAAAGUGGACCUGGAGCACUGGUCGAAGUUCCAGGCGUUCCGGCCCUUCAGCAAGGCUGCGCGGCGGGGGAACCUGCAUAUCCCCAACCUGGCGCAGCGGGAGAACAUCUUUAUGCGCUGGAAGGAGCACUUCCUCGUCCCGGACCACCGGGUUCGCACGAUUACGGGGGCGAGUUUCGAGGGCUUCUAUUAUAUCUGCUUUAACCAGCGGAGUGGGAGCGUGAGCGGGAUUUACUUCCAUGCGAAGAGCGAGAAAUUCCAACAGCUCGAGCUCAAGCACGUCCCCGACCGCGGGACCUACGGCGCAAUUGAAUUCAGGUGAGCCGGAUGGCACAGGACCUCUGGCAGGGACACACGGAGUAGGGCGACAACGGGCAGGGUGAACACACUCACACACACAGAGACACGACAUAAGGCGAUUUUAGGGCAGGAUAACAUGAGCGCGGUGCAUAUACGGAAACUGAUUCCCCCCAGCCCAGCCUCCUCCCAUCACCACCCCCCCUCCCAUCCCCGCUCCCCACCAAGGGGGUUCAGGUGGUUUGGGAGGAGGAGUGAGGCAGGAGGCUGGCGGGCUUUGUUUACUCGAUUUCGAUUUGUCUAUUUUAACUUUUUACGUUUUAGUUUUUGUUACCAUUUUUUUUUGGAAACCUUUCUACAGGAUGGGAAGAGGGCUGAGGGAAUGCGUUGCGUUGAAGUGGGGGGUCGUGAAUGGGAGAGGGGGUGUUAUCUUUUUGAGCGUCUUUUUCAAGAAGGGAGCGAACGGGAUGGGGAGGGGAGUGAUGAAAAGGAGACGAGAACGGGGAUGGUGGAUGUGUAUUCCAAUUCCAUACCAUAUACAGUACGAUUAGCCGUUCUGGUGAUGCGGCAAUUGAACGCUUUGGACGCGGGGACCAACUAGUUUUUUGCUUUUGGG